CGGUUGAUUUCACAUGGUGCACAAGAGUAACGUAACCGGAUGUUGAUAGCCGCACACGUUGCUGUUCAGCAUUGAAGACCCUUCUUAUCGACUCAGCGCGUAGUCACUUCAACAAAACCUCUGAAUAUUAUUCAAUCAGGAUGUCUGCUUCUUUGAUCAGGAGAGGACUGGAGCUGCUGAGCGACGAUAUUAAAGAUGUCAGUAAAGUGAAAAAGAAGAAGCAGCAGCAGCAGACACCCAGCUCGGCCACGGUGAUGGAGCUGGUGAGCACAAAGCGGCAGGGAGUCACCAAGCAGGUCAAACGGCUGCAGGGUCGCCUGGGUCCCGGGAAGAGCAAAGCCACAGUCAAAGACAAGAGAGUCAAGUCUGCAGUGGAGGAGUUCAAGAAGAAGCAGAGGAAGAGCCAUAUGAGUGCUAACCUCAAGUACUUUAUGGAAACCAGCUACAAAGCAACAGAUUCAGACACUUUGAAGAUCCUGAACCACAAUUCAGGGAGACAGUCAAGGAAUCGUCUGGACCGACCCCCCAAGAAAGCCAAAGAGCCCGAGUCUUUGUUCACAGAGGAGGAGUUCCAGCAGUUCCAGAAGGAAUUCUUUGGCAGGACUGUCGAGGAGAAGAAAUAAAGCGCACCAAACACAGACACCAAAGACACUACAGCCACAGUGGAAACACCAGAGCUGCGUUUUGUAGAUUUAAAGUGGAUUUCUGGAGUCCUGGAAGUUGGUUCCACUUCACAUGUCUCAACAAUGGCACAAGAACACAUACUGUUGCAUACUGGGAACAUAUGAUCUCCAGGGUUUGUCCUGCCAAGAGUUUCGCCUCAAAAAGUGUCCAUACUGAUACUAUUGUAGCUUGAACUUUACUGCUUCCUCAUCAAAACUUCUCAUCUGAAAAUGACUCAUAACUAGUAAUUAGCCACUUGUCAUUUUAUAAGGAAAAGUGCAGCUUAUUAAAACGCUUUAUUCCUAAUAAAAAAUGUACAUAUGUGUCAUAUUACA